ACUGCACCGGCCGACCACUGCGUGUUUGGGUCAGUGCGCGGCACGCGGCCCAGCACGGCACAGCCCGUGGCCCAGGACGGGCCGUGCCGGCCGAUAUGAACUGGCACUCGAAUAAGAGGUAUUCGAUCCCAGACCCGUACCCCAUACUCUCUAUCGCUUUGUCCCCUCGCUCCAAACCCGCCGCCGCCGCCGCCGCCGCCCCCGCUAGGGUUCGCUCGCACGCCGCCGUCGCCGCCCCCGCUCACCUCCUCCCUCCACCAACCGUCUCGGCCGCCGCCGCCUCCUCCACCCUCUAUCCUGCUGUCCGCCGUUCCCGCCCGCGCCGCUGCAUCGCCGCCGGCCCCGCCCACUUCCCCUCCCUGUGGUCUCCGAGCAGCACCGAUCUCCCUGUUUUGCUUCGGCUUCGGAGUCAAAGCAAAGCUAUAUGCCGCCGUCGCCGGCAGGCAGUACCCAAACCCUAACCCCACAGCACGUCGCCGAUAGCCAGCCAGCAAUGGAAAAUCUCCCCGAUGAAUUGCUCGCGGACAUCCUCCGCAGUUUUCCUCCACGGAGUCUCGCGGUGUGCCGGAGCGUCUGCAAGCACUGGUGCGCUGUCGUCGAUGCCCGCGGGCUGCUCCUCGCGGUCGCGCGUCAAGUUCCGUGCUCUCUGCACGGCAUCUACGUUAACUACGCCAUGAUGCGAAGGUCCGGAUUCUUCUCCCGCGUCGCUCCGCGGACUACUAGCCCAAUCGAUGGCAUGCUCAGUUUCCUGCCUGGCCAGCUGAUGCGCUAUCGUAGCGUCCUGGACCACCGCAACGGUCUCCUCCUGUACGAAAACAGUCAGGGGAUGUAUGUGUGCAACCCAGCGACACGACGGUGGGCGACCCUGUCGGAGCCGCCGCGCACGGAAACUUCCUACAGCCACCUGUUUUUCUACCGCCAUCGUAUGUACCUAAUGUUCGAUCCAACUAUGUCUCUGCACUACAAUGUAUUAUUCUUCCCUGAUGUGCCUGAGAAGCCAAAGCCACCCCAUCUUCAACCUGGUGAGUCACAAAUUUCAAGAGCAGAUUACGAGCAUGAGCGUAACUCUUUGGGAUCAAUGGAAUGGCCACCAUACAUCUACCCACUGCAAGUGUUCUCGUCAAAAACUGGGCGGUGGGAAGAGAAACAAUUUAUUCGUGAAGGUGAUGCAGCAGUUACUGUGUCGGAUGUGUGGUUAGAUGCAUUGGCACCAAGUAGCAGCCGCAACUCGCUUCAACGACAUGCAGUCCACUGGCGAGCUUCGUUUUAUGUACAUUGUGACUCUGGUUUCAUCAUGAGGUUGUCAUUGGAAAAACAAAACUAUCUAGUGAUCAAAACCCCCAAACUAGAUACCACUGGGUUUGGUGUCGAUGCAACUGGGCGCGAGACACAUCUUACGACAUACGGGUAUUUGGGUAAAUCCAAGCAUGGUGUCUAUUACACCACUUUGUGUGGAUACACACUUCAAGUGUGGGUAUUGUGCAAAACAUUAGAAUCAUGUCAAACACCGGAGUGGGAGCUGAAGCAUCAAGCUAACCUUACAAAUUUAAAUCUACACCAUGACCAACACUUAAGAGGAGAAAGGUAUGAAAAGUGCUGGAUCUUAAAUGGUCGGAGUGAAGAAUCCGAGCAUGGAUGGGAUUCUAGUGAUGACAGUGCCAUUGAUUUAGAAGGAGGGUCGGACAUGGAUUACAAAGAUUAUCACUUUGCCGUGGACUUCUUGGGAUACCAUCCUUACAAAGAAAUUGCUUUCUUGGGCAACCGCUUUCAAGGAUUUGCUUACUAUCUGGAAAACUCCAAGUUAAAGUACUUGGGAUCACCUUAUCCACCAUACCUAGGCAACUGUGAUUAUGGUUUGCGACCCAUACUCGAGUCAUUCAUCUACACUCCUUGCAUGGAUGAUCUGCUUCCUAUUCAGAAUGAUGCAUGAUGAGCUGAUACUUCACUUAAUUUGAUAUUAAGUGGGCAAUAUAGGUUCAAGGUGGGAUAAUAACCGUGCGGUCGUUGGGAUGCUAUUUUGAUGAUUGAAUAAUGUUCUUUUCAACACAUGGACAAUUUGGUUGUUGUUACGUUUUCUUUUAGGUUCUCCGUAUUGUUAUGUGAACUUCUGAGUGAUGUGUUUGGUUUCAGGAGUUGUAAAAGUCAAUUAAUGUUUUGGUUGAAACAUGUUAAUACAUACAGUAUAAUUUUUUAUUGCUCCA